AUGAAUUUGCAAAAUACAACCUCCAAAAUAGAGUCUGAACCUAGCUCUAAUGACACGCUCACCAAUUCGACUACCCAACACAUUGGUACAAACAAUGCCCCGAGCACGACCGGAUCCAUGUUACGACUCUCACUAUGGGUCUCGUUUUCCGCGUGGAUCUCGAAUUUCGACAAUGGCUACGCCGGCACGGUCCUCAUCAUGCCUUCUUACAACCACGCAUUUGGAAACUGCGAGCAAUUCCUUGACCCAAACACCCUCAACUUCCUGUUCAUUGCCCUUGGAGGCGGGAUAGCGGGCGUCACCGGUCAAUACAUCGGACGCAGGGGGUCAAUCCAGGCUGGCUGCGCGUUAGCUAUCAUUGGUGCCGCCGGAAUGCUUGGCACCAGUGGCAGCUUCUUGCGCUACAUGGUGUGCAGGUCGAUUAGUGCGGUGGGCAUUGGACAGCUGAUGGCAGCCAGUGUGACAUAUGGCUCCGAGUGCAUCGUUGCCAACAAGCGCGGGUUAUCUUUAGGGUUGUAUAAUGUUGGACUCGCCGGGGGAAACGUUGGUGCUUUCGCCGUGUGUGCGGGUUCUGCUCGUCUAGAGCCAAUGAACGAUUGGCAGUGGAAGACACCUAUUCUGUGCCAAAUACCCCUGGGAGUUAUUCUAGGUGCUGGUAUCUUGAUGCUCCCUGAAUCUCCACGUUGGCUCAUGGGACAUGGCCGAGAGGAGGAGGCACGGAAAUCGUUCGGCGCGCUAUACAACCAAAGUCCAUAUUCGCCGGAUAUCACUGCGCAGAUUGAUGAUAUCAGAAGCAAUCUUGAGAGCGAGCGUGCAAGCCGCAAAGCUGUCUCGUUCUUUGAUAUUUACCGCAGCAAGCAUAUCGCUCGCACCUUGACAUCUGCCAUGAUUAUGGUUGGACUCGCCAUUACUGGUAUCCAAUUUGUACAACCAUACGUUACACUGUUCCUCAAGGGAGUUGGCAUCAGUGACCCGUACUUAAUCAAUGUCAUCAUUGGUUUAUGCAUCCUAGGAGGAUCAUUAUUUGGUCCGUUCAUUGUGGAAUAUGGCGGAAGGAGAGUUGCCAUGCUUUGGGGUUAUGUUGUCAUGGGUGCCUGCAUGCUCACUCUUUCCUCUGUGAGCACUGCUCUCAAAAGGGAUGCAAAAGCCGAGAUCGUGACUGUUGUUCUUCUGUGCUUGUGGGCUUUUGUCUUUGGCGGGACUAUUGCUGCGAGUGCUAACCUAUCUUCUGUGGAGAUGCAUAGCGUCUCACUUCGCACCUUCGGACAAGCCAACACAACGGUAUUCUAUGGUAUCUUUGCCUUUGGUGCAACAUUUUGGACGCCUUAUAUGUUGGAUGCGGACCACGGGGACAUGGGUCCCAGCGUGGGCUAUUUCUACGCAGGCGUCACUGCUGUUAUCUGGAUUUUAACUUUCUUUUUUAUGCCAGAGACUGCUGCAAUUACAUUGGAGAAGAUUGAUGAAUGCUUUAAUUCAGGAGUCAAGGCGUGGAAAACGUCACUACCCAAAAAUCAAGCUAUUGCUUCGUCUCAGCAACGGAGCGUGACAGGUGGAAAGGUUGAAGCUUAA